AAGGUAGACCAAGAAGCUCUCCCUUAAAGAGAUCUGUUAGGUGUGUGCGUGUGAGUAAAGUAAGAAGAGCAGAGCAAAUGGCUUCCUCCAUGCUCUCAUCGACUGCCGUUGCCUCCAUAAACAGAGCCAGCCCGGCUCAAGCUAGUAUGGUCGCCCCUUUCACUGGUCUCAAGGCUGGUGUAACCUUCCCUGUCACCCGCAAGCUCAACAAAGACCUCUCCUCUCUUCCCACCAAUGGUGGCAGAGUCCAGUGCAUGCAGGUGUGGCCACCACUGGGUAAGAAGAAGUUCGAGACACUCUCAUACCUUCAACCACUCACCACUGAACAAUUGGCCAAGGAAAUUGACUACCUUCUUCGCAAAAAAUGGGUUCCUUGCUUGGAAUUUGAGUUGGAGCAUGGAUUCGUGUACCGUCAGUACCACAACUCUCCAGGGUACUACGAUGGACGGUACUGGACCAUGUGGAAGCUGCCCAUGUUUGGAUGCACCGACUCCUCACAGGUGCUGGCGGAGUUGGAGGAAGUUAAGAAGGCGUACCCCAAGUCUUUCGUUCGUAUCAUUGGAUUUGACAACGUGCGUCAAGUGCAGUGCAUCAGUUUCCUCGCUUACAAGUCUCCUGCCUUACUAGUCUCCUAAGAUUUAUUAAUGGCGUUUUAAUUAUGCGUAUAAGCUUCCAGACCAAUUGGCUUUUUAUUUAGCGCGUCUUUAGAUUUUGAAUUUAUUGUUUUGGAACUUAAUGCAUUUAUCAUCAUUUUGCUAUUAUCCCAUUUUACUUUGGGUUCUCCAACUCAACUGAACUGAAAAAAAUAUUAGAAUGGGAAUGCAUCCAGAUCAGUGAUAUUUUGUUGGUGAUGUACAA